AUGGACUCAGGUGACCCACAGAGAGGAGAAGUUCGAUACAGGGGAGUGAGAAGGCGACCAUGGGGGAAAUAUGCAGCGGAGAUUCGCGACUCUACAAGGCCUGGAUCUCCUCGCUUGUGGUUGGGGACAUUCGAGACAGCUGAAGAGGCCGCCCGAGCUUAUGAUAGAGCAGCUUAUGUAAUGAGAGGUAGCAUGGCCGUUCUCAACUUCCCUGAAGAAUAUCCUCCAUCUGCAAAUGCUGAUUCUGCCCUCGCUCCCUCCUCUUCCUCUUCCUCCUCUUCCGUUGGCUCAUCAUCAUCGUCAACAUCAAUGCCAUCUUCUUCAUCUUCAUCCGCUAUGGUUCAUGGGGAGAAAGAGGUGUUUGAGUUUGAAUACUUGGACGACAAGGUGUUGGAGGAGCUUCUUGGGUUUGAGGAGAGUAAAAACAAGAAGCAGUGAAGCAUUGGAGCCUCAUACAUCCGGCCUCCACAUACAUUUUAGAUCUUUUUUACAAAAUUUGCUUCCAUCAUCUCCGUUGGGCUUAUUUUACUUUCAAGAUAGACAAAAGUAAUAGGAAAUAAUUUUUCUUUUUUUAGACUGUCGUUGUUUUGUAUGGGAAUUAUAUAUACCUUUCAGGCCUGCUUAUUCUCCCAUUUUAUAUUAGCCACAUAAAUUGCCAAAUUGGCUUGUACUAUGCGUAGCCAUCUUUG